UCAGAAAUCAGCCCAGAAACAAAGAUGGUGGCAAGAUGACGAACCCAGCGAAGGAGGAACAAGGAGAGUACACGAGUCUGUCUGUGCGCCCUGCACCGCAGGUGUUCUGCUCUGCUCCCUCUCUCCUUAACGGCCCUGACACACCAAGCUGUUAUCGGCUGUCGGUCAAUGUCUGGCUGUCGGUGAGUGUCUGUCGGCCUUGUUUUUUGCGCUGUGUCCCGCACUGUCAGCACUUUUCGGCCCUGCCGACAAUCGGCGCCGGAGACUGUCGGCAAAAGAAAUCACUCUGAUCGGCUGUUCAGCUUUAGCUAAAUCAGUGCACGAGAAGAGAAACUGACGUCUUCCAGUUUAUUUGUUCUACUGACCAACACAGUCGACCGCCGCCUGCAGGUGUGGAGAGUUAUUUCCUCUGACGCAGGCGCAGAACAAGAAAUGGCCAAAAGCAGAUUUAUCAAAGCCAAAAAGUCUCACCCCGAGAACACCAAUGUUGCGGAGGCCUUUUAUAAGCCGGUCCCCAAACCUCGGUGCAAACCUCUUGAUAAACCGGUUCAAUUGGACAACACCCACAGAGAUGCCGUUGUGGAGGUUUCCCAAGCUGUUGAAAGACACAGAACUCCUUCUGAUGGCUCUGACAGUCUGCAGUGUGUGUCAGGGGAGAGGAGCCCUGAUGAGACGCUCUCUGAUGAUGCUGCACCAGCCAGCUCUGAUAGUCAGUCCCCGAGGGACAGGGGAGAUGGACUGCUGAGAUCUGGGAUGCCUUUCAGGAAGUCUUUGAGGAAGUCUGUUCGAGAGGAGGAGGAGGAGGAUCCAGGAGGUUUGGAGGAAGACACGCUGGGAGCAGCCGUUCUCAGCAGAGACGAUAUUGAGCUAGAAGAUUCAGUGAUGGUACCAGCUGCGAACACGACCAGUAUUGGCUUGGACACUAUAGAGGAAGAAGAGGAGAAGGCCAGGUUCUUUGCCCAACUUGAGGCUGGGGCUUUAUCCACUAUAGAUUACUCCAAGCUGAACAGGGAGCUGGACUCAACAAGUCCUGCCAUCGCUACUAACGUCAGGAAAGCUGAUGAAGCAGUGGAGCAGAGUGAUGAUCAAAGAGAGGCCAGAGUCACAGAGACCAUCAGACAGUCUCCAGCGUACACAGGAUCUCCACAUUACAGUGAGGAUUUUGAGGAAGAGGAGGAUGGAAAAGAGCCACUGGAGGAGAAGUCUAAAAUGUCUCCAAUUCUCGCCAAAGUGUCUCUCCAUGAUUCGCUGGAUUCUACUGGUAGAGAAGACAGAAGAAAGGACACAGCAGGCUCACUGGACAGAGGCCAGCCGUAUGUGCAGAGUGGAGGCUCAGAGAUGGAGGCUCUUCAUGAGGCCUACAGACAGAUCCAGGUUGUGGAAGAUCCAGAUGACCACAAUCACCAUUAUUCAUCUCUGGAAGGGAGGGGGUGGCUCAACAGAGCUGUGUCUCCAUCCUCCCCGCCUCAACCUGCCACACAGUCUCUUCAGCCUGCUUCCACCAAUGAGUCAGAGUUACCCACUGCAGAAGAGUUGAUGAGACCCAUCCGGCCAGAACUGGAGCGCAGCAGAGGCUUCACCCUCCAGCCUGUCAGCGCUGUGGGAAAGACACCCCGCUUCUCAGAAACAACUUCUUCAGAGUCCCAACUGAAGCGAGCAGAAAGGACGGCCCCCGCUGCAGGGAGAAAGGGAGCCAGGGUAUUAACUGGCCACAAGUCCAGCUCCCAAGACCCUCCCAACCUGACAUGGAGCCUCAGACAGGAAGUAGAGAGGCUGAUGCACGAUCCCAACAAUUAUUCUUGUUCCACGUCCUCUCAGGCUGCCAGAGCUAAGAAACAACAGGCCUCCCGUGGCUCCACUAUUUCUCAUUCCUCUACGUCUUCAAUGAGGAAGCCCGCUGUGGCUCCUGUAAGAGGCAGGAGGGCGAAGGGGAGACCAGCAGGGACCUCCAGGUCAUCAGGGCUGAGUAGAGCUGCAGCUACAACCAAAACCCAGCCUUCUGUUUCCUGUCCUCUGCAGCAUCCACAAGAAAAAGACAACUACACAGCAGAGCCGGGUGUGAAGGUGAGCAGUGAGUUGGUGGCAUCUGUUCAGUCCUUAGUGUCUGUCCUCCAGCAGCAGAUAGACAUCAGCAUCCACCAGGAGGUCACAGGCACGCAGGAGGUCAGAGGUCCUCAAGAAACCAGACUGACGGACCAUCCUCCAAAUAACAAUAGGGAGGAGGGCAGCUCUCUGGUGGAGGAGCUGAGGGUACAGCUGGCUCACAAAGAGAAGGUGCUGCAGAUGAUGAAGGAAGGUGCAGAGGAGCUCAACUCCCUCAAAAAGCAGAACUACCUCCUGCAAAGCAAGCUGCGGAGUGCAGAAGAAGCCAGUCAGAAGAAGAAACAAGCAUCUGACUCUGGUGCUGAGGGGAAGCAACACAUUGAUAAAGAGAUACAAGAGCAGGAGAUGCUCAUCAAAGGUUACCAGCAGGAGAACGAGAAGCUGUGUUUGCAGAUGAAGGCUCAGCAGGUUAAGAGUAAAUCCAACGAGGAGGAUAUGUUUAAUGAAAACCAGAGGCUUCUGAAUGAGCUGGCUUUCACAAGGGAGCAGCUGAGUAACACCUCAAGGACUGUGGGAAAUGUCUGCUUAAUGGAUCACACUCAGCGCAUUACAGACUUGUUAGCUCACAUGAAUACAUUUCAGAGGAACGAGGCCAAGUUGUCUGCAGACUUCCACAGAGUGAAGCAUGAAAAGCAGGCUCUGGAAGUGGACAUGCUGCUCAUGAAAAAAGAGAGGGACCUCGCUAAAGCUCAGACCCUGUCUGCCUCAGGUGACAAGACUUUUGAGAUGUGUGUGUUGGAGGAGAAGCACAGAGAUGAAGUGGUGGCCCUGAAGAAGAAGCUGCAGUGGUUUGCUGAGAACCAGGAUUUGCUGGAUAGAGAUGCUGGCAGACUGAAGGCUGCUACAGCAGAGAUCCAUCAACUCAAAGAGCAGGUACAAAAACUGAAAAUGGAUGUGGGAAAAAGAAGCAGUGAUCCCCAAACAAAGGCCAAAGAGAAAGCAGUGGACAAUAAGAGGAUGCAGGACCUUGAACGACAGGUAAAGGAGCUGGAACAGAUACUAAGACGUAGAAACCCAAACUCCCUGCCUGCUCUGAUCUACGCUGCAGCCGCGGCUGGAGGGUGUGCAGAGGAUGUGAGUGACGGGACGUCCCCACCCAGCAAGAUCAGUGCCCUGCUGGAGCGCAGGAUUCAGCGUCUGGAGGCUGAGCUGGAGAGUCAUGAUGACGAGGCCAAGCGCAGCCUGCGGGCCAUGGAACAACAGUUCCACAGGAUCAAGCUCCGCUACGAGCAGCAGAUCUCAGAGUUGGAGCAGCAGCUGCAGCAGAAACUGCAGCUGGAGACAGCAAACUCAGCAGCUGAGCCCGAGCCGUGGAUGUCACAGGUCCUAACACUGGAGGGAGAGCUGCAGCGUGUGAAGGGGAGCCAUCAGGAGAAGGAAAAGUCCCUCCACCACCAGAUUGAGUCUCUCCAGCAGCAGCUCAAACUCAAGGUUGUCCCAAGACCUGCCCAGCCCCAACCAAGUCCAGGCCGACACCAGCGUCAAGCCGAGGCAGCGUUUGGCGCCCGGAUAGAGCGGCUGAACAAAGAUCUCGCCUCCAAGACACAGACCAUUCAGGAGCUGUGUCGCACUGUGGAGAGACUGCAGAAGGAGAGGAGGAGCAUGCUGUCUGUCCCCAAACCACAGGCAGAACCCUGUUCUACAGAGACCAGGCGGCAAGCAGGCCUAGCCAAAGCACUCUGCUCUGCUCCUGCAGCAGACACACGUGGAGGGGAAGAAACCUUUCCAGCUGCGCACUAUGAGAAGACCUACCAGCCGACUGUCUUUACAGGCAGUCACAUUUCUGAGGUUCUGCAGGACAACGAGGCUCUGAAGCAGCGUCUGGAGCACCUGGAGUUGCAGACUGAGCAGGAGGGAGAGACACUAAAAGCUGAUGCUGUACAAGCCAAGGAGGAGCUGUGCAGGCUGAAGGAGCACUCUGCAGAGCAGCUGUCCUCCAUGAAAGCAGAGCAGCUCAGGGUGUUGGACCAGCUGCGUGCCAGCCAUGCUCUGGAACACUCGUCCUCAAAGGUUGCUGAACUGGCCAAUAAGCUCAGUGCUCAGGAGAUUAUGGUGAAACAUUUGAAAGAGCAGCUGAAAGAGAUGCAGGGAGCUAAAGAUGCGCUGGCAAUAUCCAGGACCCGAGAGGACGCUCUGCAGAAACAGCUGAGCAGACUGCUGAAGGAUCUGAAGGAAGCUAAAGAUGCUCAGAGCCCGGAGGUGAAACUCCUGUGUAGCCUGGAGAGCAAGAUCCUCAGUAUGGAGCUCAGACACCAACACAGAGAGAAAGAGCUGCAGCAGGUGAUUGGUGGCUCGUGGCAGAGGUCAGACGCUGAUCAGCAGUCGGAGGUGGAGCUCUGGAAGCGUGUGGCUCAGGAUAAGAGCAGAGAGUUGGAGGUUUUCCGUCUGGAGCUGGACUCCAUCCUGGACAUCCUGAGACACCUCCAAAGACAGGGCGUGGUCCUGCCCACUCCCGACUCCCUGAGGAGUUAAUGCACAUGCAGAAAGAGGUCGAUGAUGCUUCCUGGUCCACAUCAGCAGCUGCCUUAAUAUCAGCAACACUUCACACGUACAAGCAGAAACAAAGCGUCAGUUUACUCAGAGAGGUGUUGGGGUUCAGAGACGGAACCUUUCAAAUCAAAAGAACACAGAAUGUAUUUUUACACAUACUGUUUCUUAUUUUUGUGUUUAUUUUGUAGCUAGUUUCUAUUUUUUAUUUAAAAUAUUGUAACUUAUUUAAGAUGUAGUGAAAAUAAAUGCUUUCCUUCCAGUUUAAACUGAUA